GUUUACAUCGAGUGGCAAAAUGGCGAGAAAUGAGGAGAAGGCACAGUCGAUGCUCAAUAGGUGGCUGGCGGGGAAGCAGCAGGAGGUCAAAGGCGACAGGGAGAAGCGACCAUACUUGGCCAGCGAGUGCCACGACCUGAACGAGGCGGACAAGUGGCGGCAGCAAAUCCUGCGCGAGAUUGGGCGCAAGGUCAUGGACAUUCAGAACGCGGGCCUUGGGGAGCACAGGAUUCGCGACCUGAAUGACGAGAUCAACAAGCUCAUUCGGGAGAAGGGGCACUGGGAGCGGCGGAUAGUGGAGCUGGGUGGCCCCGACUACUCCAAAGUCGGGCCCAAGGUCACAGACAGCGAGGGGCGCUCGCUGGUGGAAGCCGCUGGGCGCGGGGCCGGAUACCGCUACUUUGGUGCGGCCAAACAGCUGCCGGGCGUGCGGGAGCUGUUUGAGAGGGAGGCGCCACGACAGGUGCGGCGCACGCGAGCCGAGAUGCACCGGGCCAUCGAUGCCGACUACUAUGGGUUCCGCGACGAGGAGGACGGCAUUUUGGAGAAGGUGGAGGCAGAGGCAGAGGCCCCCAUGCGACGGCAGGCGAUAGACGAGUGGGAGGAGAAGGAGGCAGAGCGGCAGGCGGCGUUUGCAGACGUGCGUGGCGGCAUGCCCGAGGGCGGCGCUGCAGAUGCUGGUGGGCAGGGGGCAAGGGAGGCGGCAACGGCGACGCAGUUUGUGGCUUACGUGCCGCUUCCAGACCAGAAGGAGAUUGAGCAGAAGGUGCUUGAGAGCAAGAAGCAGCAGCUCCUGAAGCAGUACAUCAGCGCUGAGGAGGCGGCCAAGCAGCAGCAGGCCAGGGAGCUGCUCAACCGGCGCUAACAAGUGCGGUCCCACCCGCUUGCUGUUGCCCUUGCUCAAGGUGCUGCGCACGGCUGGUGGUACCUGUCUCCAUCAUACCCAUCUUGUUUCAGUUUGUGUGUGAGGCGAGGAGAAGC